CGUUCGCAGCCAGGAGACCGAACACCGAACGACAGUCCGACAGUCUAUCAACUUCACUUCACGUCGAACUCAUGAGGUCCUCUGUGGUAUUGAUCUGCGCUGCCGCCCUCUCCUUGGCCAAUGGCGUGAACGCCUUCUUCGUGCCGGCUGCUGCAAGGCUGGUCGGUGGAGCGUCCUCCGCCUCUCGUGUGUCCCACAUCGUCAGCACGAGCAGCAUCGCUCACGGCGCCCGGUGCUCCUGCGCCUCCUGCGCUGGUGUCCACGGGAGAUCGUGCAGCUGCCCCUCCUGCUCGUCGGCGGGAAUCUCCGGGCGGUCCUGCAGCGCCGGUUGCCGUUGUACCGGGUGCUCAAUGCGCAUGAAGGCGCAACGCGACAGAGAGGACACAACCUCGCCUGUAGGGCAGAGGGCUACGUGCCAGUGCCCCGAUUGCGGCGUCCUCAAGAGCCGCCCCAGAAGCAGGGGUGCAGCUUCUUCCGUCAUGAUGAUGAGCAUGGGAGGAGGAGAGGGAGAGGGGGUGCUGAGGCAAAGGCUGGCGGAUGAGCCCGAGUCGGUCCAAUUUGAGGACACCAUGGCGGCCAUCGCGGAAGGCUUCGACUACGUUCCCAAGCGGCUCUGAACUCUGACACGAUGUCCUCUGAACGCGCCAUCUGCUGCCGUUGCUGCUGCCUUGGGCUGUCUUGGGCGCGUGUCUACCGCAACGACAACAUCACAAACGCCCCCAACCCAUCAAUUUUUGGCGGCGUCCAUCUGUAUCAUAUGAUUUCGAGAAAAGCUUUGUCAAUGGCGAGACAUCGAGUGACGCGGGCGCCAACGAGGGAAGCUGUAAGGUGUUUGCCUUUGGCAAGAUCGUCGGCCUUUCUCCGGAAGAUACCCUGGCCUGCUUCGGCGAGCACUAUCGGGGCGUGCUGGCCGACCCGGACGGCGAAAGCCACGGCAACAUCAGGGCCUUUGUGGCGAGCGGGUGGGGCGGGGUCGAUUUCCCUGACGGUUUACCUCUGUCCCACAAAUAGGUGCCAAGUGGAAGAUGGUACAUAUUAAAAUAAUGAUUUCUCGUUUCCUAUGUACGUUAGGGUUAGGGUUAGUGACGCCGGCAGAUGUUGGGAGUGUCCCGGCAAUAUCGGAACCUUCGUUUGCAGUGAGAUGGGCCCAAGUCGAUUUCCCUACAACUCGUAGGUCGAUUUAGAAUAUCAAAGUAAUGUGUUAGAUACAUACGUCGACGUUGGGUUGAUGGCGUUGUUUGACUUGAAAAACAACCCGCAUUAACGUUUCGUUGGGGCUGUUGCUGAGCGGUCUUUCGUGACUCCGUCCGUGGGGUGUUCCUUCCAAGCGCGAACCACCAUCAGGCCGAUCGAUCGGUGAAUUCCGGUAGGUCGGCUGCGGCUAGAUGGACUUCGGGGUUGUUGUUGCUUGACGUUUAGUAUUUUACGAAGGAGCAGGGAAUUUUAAGGUUGCCUGAAGAUGGCUGAUCUCUCCUGUUAUUCUGCUUUCUUUAGCGUUUUUUUUUUCGUGUCUAGAGAAAUAUACGAGAGCACGUCCGCAGUGGAUUGGCCAUCAGUUUCAGGCACGAAGAUGCCCCCGUGCCUACGUGCGACAGCGUCGUUACCGUGCGAGCGCUUGCACCCGCACACCCCAUGGCGUGAUACGCCCAUCCGUCCUCUUUUGUCUGAGAUAUUGUGGCGUCCAAGCGGGCUCGUUAGUCGCUCGCGGGAGGAUGUCCCGCGGGGGCAUGAUUUAUGGCUCCAUCUUCAGGAACUUGGCAAAUUUGUUGGUGAACCGUUCGAUUCUCAAAUGUCUGAGUUGUCGUCGUUCUUGCGUUUUUUUGCUCAUGCAUGAUGUGCGGGCUGUGGUUCGUUUCG